UGCUGGAGCCCUGUGCUCCUUUCCCCAUACUCCGCUGGCAUGGGGGGUCCCAUGGGGCCCCCGCUCUUCUUCCACGCCCCACACUGGCUCCUCUGCCUGCUCUGCCUCCUCCCGGAGCUGCUUAAAAAUCAACCAGAACCUCCCCCUAGUUUCCUGGGAGACCCCAGGCUGAGACUGAAGAUUGGUCACAUGUCACCACCGGGAGAAGAACUGAAUCAUGAUCUCCUUGGCCCCAAAGCGCAGACUUCCUUGUGGAGGACGUGGCACAGCGGAGUCCUGAGGGGGAAAAUGCCAGCCCACAGCUCCUGCCCUACGGAGUUGAUGGCCUAGAAGGAGCCACUGGUGGAAAGAAAAUAAUGGCUGCCGGGCUGAGCCGGGCGCCCGUGGCCCUGCCCCCAUGGGCGCUGCUGGAGCAGUAUUGCCUUGGACUCACAACCCUCGCCAACAGAUCAGGUGCCUACUCCUACUGCAACACGACCUUGGACCAGAUAGGGACGUGCUGGCCCCGGAGCGCGGCCGGAGCCCUGGUGGAGAGGCCGUGUCCUGAGUACUUCAACGGCGUCAAGUACAACACGACCCGGAAUGCCUAUCGAGAGUGCUUGGAGAAUGGGACGUGGGCUUCACGGAUCAACUACUCACAGUGUGAGCCCAUUUUGGAUGAUAAGCAGAGGAAGUACGACCUGCACUACCGUGUCGCCCUCGUUGUCAACUACCUGGGUCACUGUGUUUCUGUGGCCGCCCUUGUGGCUGCCUUCCUGCUUUUCCUGGCCCUGCGGAGUAUCCGCUGUCUGCGGAAUGUGAUUCAUUGGAAUUUGAUCACCACCUUUAUCCUGCGCAACGUCACGUGGUUCCUGCUGCAGCUCAUUGACCACGAAGUGCAUGAGAGCAAUGAGGUCACCGGGCUGACCCUUGGGGCUGGGGGGCUCCGGCACUGGGGGCACCCAUCUCUCUUACCCAGUCCUCAGGUCUGGUGUCGCUGCGUCACCACCGUCUUCAACUACUUCGUGGUGACCAACUUCUUCUGGAUGUUCGUCGAGGGCUGCUACCUGCACACGGCCAUCGUCAUGACCUACUCCACCGAGCGCCUGCGCAAGUGGCUCUUCCUCUUCAUCGGAUGGUGUAUCCCCUGCCCUAUCAUUGCUGCCUGGGCCAUUGGCAAGCUCUACUAUGAAAACGAACAGUGCUGGUUUGGCAAGGAGCCCGGUGACCUGGUGGACUAUAUUUACCAAGGCCCCAUCAUCCUUGUGCUCCUGAUCAAUUUUGUAUUUCUUUUCAACAUCGUCAGGAUCCUCAUGACAAAAUUGCGAGCAUCCACGACAUCGGAGACAAUCCAGUACAGGAAGGCAGUAAAGGCCACCCUUGUUCUCCUGCCCCUCCUGGGCAUCACCUACAUGCUCUUCUUCGUCAACCCUGGGGAGGACGACCUGUCGCAGAUCGUGUUCAUCUAUUUCAACUCCUUCCUGCAGUCGUUCCAGGGUUUCUUUGUGUCUGUCUUCUACUGCUUCUUCAAUGGAGAGGUGCGCUCAGCUGUGAGGAAAAGGUGGCACCGCUGGCAGGACCAUCACUCCCUCCGAGUGCCUGUGGCCCGGGCCAUGUCCAUCCCCACGUCGCCCACACGGAUCAGCUUCCACAGCAUCAAGCAGACGGCCGCCCUGUGAGCCCCCCGUCACCCCGCUCGCUCAUCAUUCACCAUCAGGACAGCUUCCCUAUCCCAUGGGGUGCCUCUCUCUGGGUUCACUUCGCCAUCUCUCAGCUCAGGCCCUGGUGGGGGCACAAGGGAGGGGAGAGAUCAGCUGGCCAGCCCUGCUAGAGGGGGGUGUGCAGCAGCAGGCAGCGCGAGAAGCUCUCAGGAGCCAGGUCCGCUAGGUACAAUGUCUCAGUGCAGAGGGAGCAGAGGGAUGUCACAGACACCUAUCCCUGCAGAAGAGUGGGUCACAUGUCUUCAGGCAUUUGCCCACACCAGCCUCUCUCCCGGCAUCCUCACUAUAGCCCCACUCACAGGCAAGGAAACGGGCCCAGCACCACGAAGGGCCUGUCCAAGUCACACAGCUCAUUCAUGGCAGAGCGGGGACUCCUCCCUCUGUGUGGGCUUUCCCACCAACAACAGGGUAACAUAUGGCCUUGCUCCCUGCUCCCUGCCUUCUGCCUCCCAGAAGUGGAAUGGGCAGGGCACAGCAGCUGGAAGCAAGGAAUUAGUUUGGUUUCCUCCCAGAGGCUCUCACCUGCACGCUACCCCAGAGCAGGCCAUCUCUCUGCCCGGCCCCACCCAUCCUCCUGUCCCUGGGUCCUGGAAGAGAUACUGCUUCCUGUCCCAGGAGAGCUUUUCUCAACCUAGUCCACAGACUCAGGGCCUUGGGGAGGGACACUAGAGGAGGAAGGUGCAGCUAGGAUAACCCUACACUCUUAAGCCAACCAGAUACAUAGUGCAGAUGAAACGAGGAGGAGAAGCGUGGUGGCCGGGGGCAAGGAAUAGAAAACCAACGAGGUCUUUGGUGAUUGGAACAAAUCUCCCACCUCCCACUUUAGACUGGACUUCGAUUCAGCCUCCCCUUCAGAAACAUCUUGGCUCUCUGUGAAAUAAACCAUGCCUCUGUGGAAACAGCCUCCUCUCAGGUCAAGUCAACCAGGCAUACGAAGGGGUGCUGUGGCCAAGGAUGGGGAGCUGGAUCCAUUCUCAUUUGCAGAGCCCACGGCCCUGGCCUAGGGCUGAUUCUCUUCUCUGACCUGUGUGUCUGCCAGCCUGUCCCUUCCUUAUUCCCCCAAGACAGUCUCUACCCCUCCUCUCCUACCAACAGCAGUUUAAUUCAGCACAGAGGAGAGAGGGGCAGCUCACCCAGCACACCACAGCUCUGUCCCAAAGCCAGUGUCUGAAAUCCGGAAGCAGGUAUAGACCACACCCCACAGUAUCCAUGAACAACACCACAGGACGUUUCCAGGAGAGGGUUGGAGUGGACAAGAGGAGGCAGGAGCCAUCAGGUCAGGGUUCAAAAGAGCUUUUGCUCUAGGAAUACCACCAACAUAUUUUUUUAAAUAAUUAUCCCAUCUUGCAUAUUCUUCAGCUCACAUCUAAUAUUAUUUAGAUUUUUAAAUUGGCGAGAGGUGAUUUCUGGCUUUUGGCAAAUAUUUACAUUUUAAAAUAAAACUGCCAAAACACUUUAAAAUACUUCACUAAGAAUCCAAACACAGCCGUGAUUUAAUGGCCAGGCUCUUCUGUUUGAAAAAAACAAGCUAACCAGCUCUUCCUCAACAGCUGGAAAUUUUACAUUGUCCCUUCUUUCUUGGAACUUGUAUCUUCAUUCCAUUUCCCCCAUAGGAUUUUAUACUAAUGCAGUGUUUUUAUGGGCUAAAGUCUUUCCUUGAUCACCUUCUUCUACUUCUCUGCCACAAAAUAUAUUUGGGAAUUGAAAUAGAAAUAUUUAAUUUUCUGUGACUAAAAUUUGUGAGAGAUUAAAAAAAGAAGUCUUCUGGAUUGAGUUACCACAACUAUUUUUGAUAUAAAAUAUAGGAUAGAAUUGAUUGAUACAACACAGACACUUAAAGUUUUUGUAAGGCAAAUGUUAAACCUAAAAAGGAAAAUCUAUCGAAAGCACAUCUUAAUGGAAUGGAUAGGAACUUAAUUGUUCAUGAAUCCGUGGGUGAAUAUUUAUUGCUGGAAUAAAUCAGGACUCAGCAUC